UAGAAAAGAAUAGCAGUUUGAGGUUGGUUGUGGUGUUCGAGGAAAUAAAAUGAGCAGAAAUCGUGAAAACCUUCCCCACAAAAGCCAAAAGGAGUACCAAUCAGUCUUUGGAAUACCAAACCUGCUUACGUCAUCGCUUGAAUCGCCGCCGCAGUAAUUAACGUUCCUUCCACCACCGUCAACACUUCACAAACAACCCCUCACGAUCGCGCCACGUGUCCGAAUCUCAAAAGCUGUCUUACUUUUCUUUGCUCACACUGGGUGGGACUCACACCCACGCCCUGCCACAACAACAUACUCAUAAACGAAUACUCCACCCCGCAGGGCGGCCAAUCGAAUCCUUCCACGCCGAAUCGGCGAUUCUUCCUCACCGCUCACCGGCGGCUAGGGUUCCGGCGCCGAAACCUCGCUGUCACGGAAUCCGCCAGCUCAGACCCGCAUUCUCCAUUAAUGAACAUUCCGCAAUUUCGUUUUCGCAGCAUUUAAAGCUUCUCCUCGCUUUUCUCUUAUUUGACGCCUUUAUACGAUGUCGUUUUUGCGACAGAGAAAGGCCACCGCGAAUCCCGUGCCACGCGAGGAGGAAGAGGAGAAGGAAAAGGAAAAGGAGAAGAAAAAGGUUAAGGCGAAGAGUAUCGAAGGCGAAAGGAUAAAGAGAUGGUCGUGCGUGGAUAGCUGUUGUUGGUUCGUGGGUCUCAUAUGUUCAAUUUGGUGGUUCUUGCUGUUUCUCUACAAUGCCAUGCCGGCGUCCUUCCCUCAAUACGUCACGGAGGCCAUUACAGGGCCGUUGCCGGAUCCUCCCGGCGUGAAGCUGAGGAAGGAGGGGUUGACGGUGAAGCAUCCGGUGGUUUUCGUGCCCGGAAUCGUCACCGGUGGGUUGGAACUCUGGGAGGGUCGCCAGUGUGCGGAAGGGUUGUUCAGGAAGAGGUUGUGGGGUGGCACCUUUGGGGAAUUGUACAAACGACCAUUAUGCUGGGUUGAGCACAUGUCACUAGAUAAUGAAACAGGACUAGACCGUCCAGGCAUUAGAGUUAGGCCUGUGUCUGGACUUGUAGCAGCUGAUUAUUUUGCACCUGGUUAUUUUGUUUGGGCUGUUCUAAUUGCUAAUUUAGCACGCAUUGGGUAUGAGGAGAAAAACAUGUAUAUGGCUGCUUAUGAUUGGAGAAUCUCAUUUCAGAAUACAGAGGUGAGGGAUCGAACUUUGAGCAGGAUAAAAAGUAAUAUAGAACUCAUGGUGGCCACAAAUGGUGGUAACAAGGUGGUUGUUAUUCCACAUUCAAUGGGUGUUUUGUACUUUUUGCAUUUUAUGAAAUGGGUUGAGGCACCGGCGCCAAUGGGUGGAGGGGGUGGGUCAGAUUGGUGUGCCAAACAUAUUAAAGCAGUGAUGAACAUUGGGGGACCUUUUCUUGGUGUUCCAAAAUCUGUCGCAGGACUUUUCUCUAUUGAAGCCAGGGAUAUUGCUGUUGCCAGGACUUUCGCACCUGGUUUUUUGGAUAAGGAUGUUUUUGGCCUUCAAACUCUACAACAUCUAAUGCGGAUGACCCGAACAUGGGAUUCAACCAUGUCAAUGAUACCCAAAGGUGGGGAUACUAUAUGGGGUGGUCUUGAUUGGUCUCCUGAUGUAUACUAUAACUGCAGUGCGAAGAAGCACAAGAACAAUGAUACUUACAAUAUAUUUCAAAAUGACAAAGAGAAUCUUGGGUUUAUGAAAAAUAUUAAUUAUGGGAGACUCAUAUCAUUUGGGAAGGAAAUAGCUGAGUUACACUCCUCCAAGUUUGAGAGGUUGGAUUUUAGGGGUGCUCUUAAGGGUAGGAACCUUGCAAACACAUCUAGCUGUGAUGUGUGGACAGAGUACCAUGAAAUGGGUGUUGAAGGAAUCAAAGCUGUUACAGAUCACAAAGCUUACACAGCUGAUUCAAUUUUGGAUCUGUUUCAUUUUGUCGCCCCAAAGAUGAUGAAGCGUGGAGAUGCUCAUUUUUCUUAUGGGAUUGCUGAUAAUUUGGAUGAUCAGAAAUACAGACAUUACAAAUAUUGGUCUAACCCCUUGGAAACAACAUUACCAAAUGCUCCGGAUAUGGAGAUUUACUCUAUGUAUGGGGUUGGGAUCCCUACGGAAAGAGCAUACGUCUACAAAUUCGCCCCUCAAUCUGAUUGCCACAUUCCAUUUCAGAUUGACACCUCAGCAAAUGGUGGAAAUGAGCACUCAUGUCUAAAGGAUGGAGUUUACAGUACUGAUGGUGAUGAAACUGUUCCUGUUUUAAGUGCUGGUUUCAUGUGUGCAAAAGGUUGGCGAGGAAGAACCCGCUUUAAUCCUUCAGGAAUACGUACAUUCAUUAGGGAAUAUGAUCAUGCCCCUCCAGCUAAUCUUCUAGAAGGUAGAGGAACCCAGAGUGGCGCUCAUGUUGAUAUAUUGGGUAACUUUGCAUUAAUUGAAGAUAUUAUACGAGUAGCAGCUGGAGCCUCUGGUGAGGACUUAGGUGGAGACAGAGUGCACUCUGAUAUAUUCAAGUGGUCUGAAAAGAUCAAUUUGGAGCUCUAGAUUCACAUGGUAACUGAUAUUACUAUCUUCACGUCAUUACUUCACUACUUGAUGGAAUCCUAUAUGCUUCAACUGUUGUGCAUUAAGAUGGAGAUGAUGUUAUGAGCUCUGGAGCUGAUAGAGCUGUUGCAACAACAACGGCAGCUUUCUUACCCAGAUUUUUUCCAUAUAAUUUCAUCCUUUGAGGAAGUGUUAAAUCUGUUUACAACCCCAUCCCCAUCCCCCCCCCCCCCCAAAAAAAAAA